UCUCUUCAACCCGUUUCCCCCCCUCUGCAGAAGCUCGAGGACUACGACAGGAAAGCCCUCCACCAGAUCGAGCAGCUGCAGCGCGAGCAGCGGCACCUGAAGAGGCAGCUGGAGAAGUUGGGCAGUGAGAGGAUCCGCACCGACAGCGUCGGCUCAGCCGUGUCCUCGGAGCGCUCCGACUCAGACAGAGAAGAGAUCGACGUGGACGUGGAGAGCACCGACUCCCUGCCCGCAGACCUCGACUGGAGCAGCAGCAGCCCCAGCGACUCGGAUGAGCGCGGCAGCCUGCAGAGCGUGUGCAGCGACGAGGGCUACGCCAGCUCGGGCGUGCGGAGGGCCAAGGUGCAGAGUGCUCACAAGCUGUGCCCCGCUCUCUAAGGAUCAGACCCCGCAGCUCUUCCACCCGCCACUCUUUCCUGGUUGGUAGCGAACCAGACCGUCCCGCCGUUCCCUUGUGCCGCUGACACGAAGUCUGCUUUGCCCCAGUCCCACGCAGGGCUGUGGGUGCUGAGCUUCUCCCUGGCAGCCCAUCGUGCCCACUCGCUUCUCGCCCCGUCGGGAAGCUCAUCUCAGCGAGACCAAACAUUCCAGCCCCAUUUUGGUGCGCCCAGGAAUAUCGCAGCGGUAACAGCAGUGCUGGGUGAGCUCAGCUUUCCUUUGCCUUGCUGUUACCGCUCGCUAUUCCGGAUCUUUGUAGUGUUUGUCCACUAACAAUCAGCACCAGGGCCCAAAUAUGCAUUGUGAGGAUGAGACCCAGCCUUGUUGGUAGCUUGGAGCAGGCAGAAAGCAGAGGGAGGUCUGCAACGGAGCGUCAGUCGGUGGCCUUCCCUCCGCCGACUCUAAAAAUUCAGGGUAGCAAUGGACCCCUCCUGCAAAGCAAAAGGCUCUGCUCCUCCCGGCAGCCUCGGGAUGGACAUCUCCAGCUCUGGAAGUUCCUGGAAUGCCUCAAAACCAAAUGGUGCUGUCCUCGCGCUGUGCCCUCCCGCGUUACGGCCGCGUGUCUUAGGACGGCCUUGGCGCUUCUUGUCUCUGGGACAAUUUUUUUUCUACCUCGGAGAGAUGAACAAAGAUUAUCUCCAUCCCUUUAGCACAAAACAAACGAGAUGCCUCAUUGUUUUCUAGAAGCGCUGCUUGGUCCCAUCGCCUCCAUCGCGCGCGAUUUAGCAAUAAGUGGCGGCGCUCCGAGCGGCGCCGCUGUGUGAAGCACUUGCCCGGCCCUCGGGUUGCGUUUGGGAGCUCUCCAUGCUGAGGAUUUGGGUUUCCACCAGAGAGAGCCACAACCAGACGCCAAAAGAAAAGGCCAACCCUUUACCCCUGGUCCCAAGGCUGUGGUUUCCAGCCGUGUUGACGCGUCGAAGCCGAGAAGCCGAGUCGAUCCCGUGCACGAAGAGCGUGGGGUCUGCAAACAGUAUUUCUUCAUUUCCUUCGACGUGAACGGAGUUACGACUUCGUGCUUUAGGAGGUGCUCUGGGAUCGUUGUAAGCAGAGCCCUCUGAUGGAGAUGCUGAGGUUUCUUUGAGGGGUUUUCCUGCUCCGUCGCUCGUGCUCGACGUUGGUGAUGGGGAUGGAACAUCCGUGUGGGGCUCAGAAGCCAUUCUGACUCUUCGAGAAGACUUUGGAGGUAUUUAAUGCUAGGUUGAAUGGUUGGGCAACCUUAUCUAUGGUGUGAUUGAGCAUGGGCAGCCCUGGCUUGGGAUUUAAUGGUCCUUGAGGUCCCUUUGAACCCAAGCUGUGCUGUGAUUCUAAGAAAACUCAUGGAAACCCAGCUGAAGAAAACAAAAAACACAGAAACCCACCCCAAGAAAGCAAAAGUCCGUGGAAACCACCUCAGGAAGACAAACACCCAUGGAAACCCAUCCCAAGGAGACAAAAAGUGAAGGAAACCACCCCCAAAGACAAAAACCCAUGGAAGCCCACAGGAGCCCGCCCCAAGAAGGACAAAAACCCAUGGGCAAAGCUGAAUAUCUGCACGUGGAGCUGCGCUGCUCUGACCCGCGGUGGCUCCAGCCUCUCCAGCCCCUUUCCUGUGAGCACUGCCAAAAUCCCGAUUCCGACCCCGGCGCUCCACUGCACUCCAAGGGGAAACAGAAGGAAACGUGCGCUUCGUUCUCCACUUCGUUCUACCCAGUGUUAAGGUUUAGACUCUCACUGUUGUUUAUUUUCGUGUCAUGCCUUUUCGGGUUGACCGCGUUCUUUUGGUGAAACGCCGCGCGUUGGUUUCGGUUGUGAUUUUUUGUUGGUAUUUUGGCUUUUUUCCCCCUUUUCGUCCCAGUUUGAAGCAGUACUCCUCUGUCCUUUGCACUGUAUGGAUGUGCUCCUCUCCAACGCACCAGCAUCGAAAAAAAAACCCAAACCACAAAACCCAACAAACUCAAACCUUUGGCAAACGAUGCUGUCGGAUGGGCACACGAAGGUCGAACCUAAAACCACGGGCUUUUCCCCCAAAACUCCAGGUGAGAGCUUGGGGCAGCGUCCUGGGGCCGCCAGCCUUUCCUCGAAUUCACGGAUCCACCAGCAUUACGCAGAGAUAAGCUGCAGCAAUGAGAUUUUUUUUGGUAGAUUGUUGGAAAAAAGGGGGGAAGCGAGGAGCACCCCCUGCGUUUACACAGAUGUGCGAAUCCGAACCGCGCUGCUUGGGGAUGGAGAAGCCCCCAGCCCUGGGCGCCGGACCCCAUCCCACCCCCAGGCCUCAAUCUGGGGCAGAACAAAGCCAGCAGCAGAGGCUUCUCCAUCCCCACCUCAGGAGCCUUUCCCACCUCAGUGGCUUUUGAUGCAUUUUCAUUGCCCUUCCCGUUUGUUUUAUUCCUUUUCCCCCUUUUUCCUUCCCGUUUUCCCCCAAGACUCCUCGGCUUUUUAGCAUCACUUUUGAGUUCUGGCAUCUUCUGAGCGAUAGACACGGAGUGAAAGGGGAGCAGCAGAUGGGAGGAUGCAAGAUUUCCUUUCCAGGCGUUCAAUUCCCGUUGUACAUAGCAUGUCACUACGAAUCCUGUGUCAAGACCAUAAAAUGGUGCUUCUUUUUGUUUUGUUUUUUUUUUUUUCUUACAGGUUUUAGCACACGCGUUUGGUUUUUUUUUUUUAGAGUACGUGUUUUAGGCAGAGCUGGCCGUGUGUGUGUCUACUUCUGUAUUGUUGGAUUGUUAGAAAAUAAAUUAUUUCAGUACGAA